CAGUUGGGCUGGGCAGGAACUCUUCCAUCAUCUUGCUCUCGAUCGCUGCGUAGACCAUGUGAACAGAAUUCACAACAGUCGAGUGGCCGAGUCGAUAGCUGAACGCCAGGCUCAUUAGGGAGUCACCAGAAGCCAAAUAUCUGUGGAACACAAAAUGAAAACAUUUGUUAUUUACUUGUUGUUAACAUUUGUGUUAUGUCCUUCUAGUGACCACUUGCAUGAACAGAUGGAGGCUAAUACGAGACAGCUUCGUCAAGGCAGAAAAGAAAAUUUCAAGCGGGGCUGAUGCUGACUCUGUCCCUCCACAGCAUAAAUAUACGGAUUUGCUGACGUUCCUCCGGCCUCACAUCCAACACAGACGCCAAAAAAGUAAUGUGCGGCUUUCAAACCCAGCCAGCACCCCAGCUCGCACCACUACGCCCUCCCCAUCUAUCUCCACAGCAUCUGCCACAUUUGAAGUUGAUGAGGAAGCGGAACCCCGACCCACUUCAUCCCGCUCUGCCCCUUCUCCAGUGCCCCCUAUUCCCGGACCAUCAACCUCCAGGGAUGUGGAAAGGUCAAGAAGCCCCAGGGAAAGACCACAGCCCGUUUCCACACAGCAAAGUGCAGCACAGGACAGGGGGAGGAGGAGAAGGAGUCCAGCUGCACGUGGUGAUUUUCAGGACAGAUUGCUGGAGGUUCUGCAAGAGCCCCCUGCAAGACCUGAAGGCCCCAAAGUUGAGGCAUAUUUUUUUGCCUUAAGUUUGGUCCCAGUGAUGCUGAGGCUCAGUUCUGAUGGCCUAAGAAAGGCAAAAAUGGAAAUCCUGACCACUCUCCACCAAAUAGAGGAUCAGGAAAAAGCUGCUCAAGCCAUCAGGAGGCCAACACCUCUGUUUUGCCCUCCCCCACCCCCCACGGCCCCCUCAACUCCAAGAGUGCAGCCACAUUUUCAGUCCCCACAGGAUCAAAGGGCAUUUGGCUCAUUCACUCAAAUGCUGCAGGACACAAGCCAAAUGCCUCAAAGUAGUGAAUGCGAGGACUAUCUUCAAUUUUAA